AAAAUUCCAAGAUCCAACUCCGUUACCCUAUCCCAACUAACGCCGUGAAACAUAACGCCAAGAUCACACCCCUCCUACACGGUACCCACUCAUCCCAUUUCCGUCUCAACCACUCUCCGCACCAUUCCAAUUUCCAUCCACCUCUCUCUCUAUCUUUCUCUCAUGUCUGUCUGAUAUUCUUACACAGAGAGAAUACAAAACUCUCCCUCCUCCUACUUCUCUUCCGAUCAAACCCUAAUUCCCCCUCCUGGCAUUCCCACGUUCGUUCACAAUUCCAGACCCCAAUCCCCAUAGCACUCCCUUCCCCCGCACACUCGCACCCCUGAGAAGCAUCCAGAGCGUGCCGCUCACGCUCUCGAUGUUCUCAACCCCAUUCGUGCUCACUUUCUCCCUCCUCCUCUCCCUCCCAAUCCUCUUCCUUCUGGCGCCGAGAUUUCUCCCUCCGCGCCACCCUUCCAUUCCUAUUCCGCUCCCCGACGAGAAACAUGAUAUGGCGCUGUUCGACCGCGCCGCCUCUCUCUCCAACCCCUCUACAUUCUCCCACCUCUCCGACGCCAAACCAAAGCUUAAAAUUGCCUUUCUCUUCCUCACCAACUCGGACCUCCAUUUUGCUCCCCUUUGGCACCGCUUCUUCCACGGCCACUCUGGCCUCUACAACGUCUACGUCCACGCGGAUCCGGCCGCCAACGUCACGCGUCCCAAGGGCGUUUUCGAGGGCCGGUUUAUCCCCGCCAAGCGCACCUACCGUGCCUCCCCCACGCUCAUCUCUGCCACGCGCCGCCUCCUCGCCACUGCUCUGAUCGAUGCCCCUGCCAACGCCUUCUUCGCCGUUCUCUCCCAGUACUGCAUCCCCCUCCACUCCUUUCGCUAUGUCUACCACUCCCUUGUCUCGUCCUCGUCCUUCGAUCGGACCGACACCGACCCGGAGUCCACCGUGUUCGGCGUCCGGGUCAAGUUCAAAAGCUUCAUCGAGAUCCUAUCCAUGGAGCGAACUCUCUGGAGGCGCUACACCGCGAGGGGCAGGUUCGCAAUGAUGCCCGAGAUCCCCUUCGAGAAAUUCCGGGUCGGAUCUCAGUUUUUCGUACUCACGCGACGCCACGCGCUUACUGUGAUCAAGGACAGGACUCUCUGGCGAAAAUUCAAGCUUCCGUGUUACCGGGACGACGAUUGCUUCCCGGAGGAGCACUAUUUUCCGACGCUGUUGUCAAUGGCGGACCCCAAUGGGUGCACCCACUACACCCUAACAAGGGUCAAUUGGACCGGUACAGUCAAUGGUCACCCCCACACGUAUCGGCCCCCCGAGAUUUCGCGCGAAGUGAUUUAUCGUCUGCGGCAAUCGAAUCUUUCCGAGUCUUACCUGUUCGCGAGGAAGUUCACCCCGGAUUGCUUGAGACCCUUGAUGAGUAUCGCCGAUUCGGUCAUUUUCCGGGAUUGAAUUUUGCUUCUGGUGAAAAAAAGGAAGAGGGGAAAGCAAUUUGGCUUGCGUUUGUUUGGGAUACAGUUUUGAAGAGAGGCGUAAAGUGCCCCUAAAACGCACAAGUCUCCGACAAAUAUAAAGGUGAAACGACAUUUACUUGUGUGUGAGUUAAAAAAAAAAAGCAGAUACUUUUCUUCAAGUGUAAUUAGACGGUGUAAAAGAAAAGCAAAAAAAAAAAAGAAAAGGGUACCUAGUAAAGUAGAUGUAGAUUUUUUUUUUUGUCCAUUUUUUUUUUCUGGGUGUGUUUUUGUACAUAUGUAGUAGCCCCACAUUGGAUAAAUUCUUCUUCACGUGUACUUUUUAGGCAUUUAGGAAGCGAAUAAAAACGCUACUCGAGAAACUGUUAUAACGUGAGGGAACAGUGACGGCAAAUGGGCCAGCCCAGGCCCAUUACUCUCUUCCCUCGGAUUCCUUUGUCCUUUUUUGCCCUUUUUCCCUCUGGCAGACUGGCUCCUUUUACAAUAAAUAAUUCAGCAAGGACUUCGGUUUGAUUUA